UAUUCCAGAGGCUCGGGUGAACAGAGGCGGUUGAUGAGUUAAGAUUUCAUUUCUACUUUUCCAUCCACCCGGAGAAGUCGUGGUGUCCACGUGGAGGAGCGUGCCCGGUAAAAAAGGAACAUGGCCUUCGCUGGUUUACUGCCCUUAAUGCUGGCUGUCAUCUUGAUCAGUGCAGGAAGUUCACAGAGUAAUGCCUUUGUGAAAAUUCACUGCAAGACUCAAAACAUCGGACAGUAUGAGCAGGAGUCACGACUUGACUGUGUAAUCCACUACUCUGAAGGAGACGUAGACGACGAUCCUGAAAUCGUGGUGGUAAUUUGGAGUAGAGAGGGGGUUGAAGAACCCGUACUUAAAUACGAAAAUGGAAAACUAACAUCGUUGCCUGGAUAUUCAUUUGCUGAACCGUCCUGGAACAACAAGAACGUGAACGUAUCCCUGCUCAUUAACAAAACUGCUGUUAAGGACGAGGGAGUUUAUACAUGUUAUGUGUUCACAAACAGUGGUUUUAACAUCAACCACACCAGACUGAGCGUCACAGCCAAAUACGGAGUGCCAACUAUUCAGCCUCAACCUCAGGACAUUGAUCUCAACACCGACGGUUCCCUGACAUGCAAGUCCACCGGCUACCCAAAAGGCCGACUCAGCUGGUUUGAUAAAGACAACAAGCCUUGGUUAGACCAACCCGAGGUGGAGGUGCUGAAGACAGAGAAUGGUCUGUUUAUCCUCUCAAGCACGCUGAAAAUACAGCGAGGAUCCGCCUUCUCCAACUACACCUGCAAAGUGUUCAACGCCAGAGGAGACGAAGAGGCGGAGGAAUCUUUCACAGUGCCGGACAAACCAUCGGUUGGAGGGCAUGGACAAGGCGCCGAAGGCACCAAAGGCUCCAAAGACUCAAACAUGAUUUUGGCCACCAAGAUAGGGGCUCCUGUGUUGGUCGUCGGGUCUCUGAUCGUGGGUUGCUACUGUUGCUACUUUACAAAAGACGAUCUCAGCAGGUCCGGAGGCAGUCUACAACACCCCUUAUGAGUGACCAUCAAGUCGUGAUAGACAUGGAGGAAGGAGAUGAUCAGGAAAUGGAGGGAGAUGUCUUCAGAGAAAGUCUGACUACAGGAGAAACCAAGACCACUCUCACAGACGACCACUGAAAUCAACACUUCUUGUUUGCUUGAGCCCGCGUCAGCAUUUUAACUUUUCCUAAUGCAAACAUCCAUGUACAUAACCAGGUAAAGCUUGUAUCACUGUGAUUUAAAAGAAACUGUAAGCGCUUUGUUCACCUUUAAUCUACCAAGUAAACAAGCUCCAAUCAAGUUUAAAAUGUCAACAAAGACUCAUAUAUCGCUGACAACAGGAGUAAAAGGGGUCCAGGUCAGUCUCUGUUGUCUUAAAGUAACCACAUUGGGAACCGUUCCGACACCACGGAGUCUCUGAUGUUGAUUUAUGGAGGACAAACGUGUAUAAUGUGAUGAUUCAGCCUCCUUCUUACUCCCUCUUCACAUUCCAUGUCUUUAGUGAAGGGUUAGAAUCAUGAAAUAAUUUUAAUUUGUGUGUGUGUGUAUUUUAAGGAAAUGCAACUGACUACAGUAGUCCAAUUGAAAGUAUGUUAUAUUUUCUUAUUGCCAUAAAUGCCUUUAAAGUAGCCACUACGGGGCGCUGGUAGCCUAGUAGUUAGCUUGCAUGCCCCAUGUACGGAUGCUUAAGUCCUUCAAGUGGGCGACCUGGGUUUGAGUCCAACCAGUGGCUACUUUCCCGCCUGUCUUUCCCCACUCUCUCUCCAUCUCCCUCCCUGAUUUCUGACUGUCCUCUCUGUAAAUAAUAAAACCCCCAAAGCAGACUGAGUCUCCUCUUCAGCCAUCACUGAAUCAAAGACUGUGUGGGGAUUCACCUGAGCAUCAACUUUCAAAAGUCCAGAGCAGACAAAAUAAAGGGUGAAGAGGGGGGGCAGCUGCUUGAGCAACAAUAAAAGUCUAUGGAGCAGAAAGGGAGGAAUAUGCAGCUUUAAAUGCAGCGUGUUACUUGUAAGCUGAUCUUUUUUUUGUUUUUCAUCUUGUCAUAGGAUUUGCAGAAAAAUGGAUUAAAUACAGAAUAAGUUUAUCCUGCCAAGAUGCUCGUUAGGAACAUUUUUUAUGAUUUAAGUGCUCUGUACUGUGGUAUGAAUGUUGUGCAAGGAUGUCAGCUCACACUGUAAGUGCUCACACUCAACGGUCUGAUUAUAAAUCACCACCUGUGUGCUCACACUGUGUCUCAUAUGCACGGCUCAAACACAAAACGCUGUGUUCCCCGGCAGCUGGAGGUCGGCAGCUAUUUCCUGCCAACGUUUCUUUUAUUCAUAUAUGUUGUGCUAGGAGGGGUUAGAGGCAUAAAAACAGGCGUGCUUGCUGUUGCCAUGGUGCUUUCAGACACUCUCUGCCAGUCUGCGCAGGCGCAAUCAGGAGAACAAAAAAGUCUGGGAAUUUCAUUCACUGUGUGAGAGUAUGUAGUCAUAAGACAAACAUUUCAGUAAUGCCAGACAUCCAUCAAACUGGUCGGAGGCAACAGAGCAGGCUGUGAUAGGCCCUCGUGCCCCCCCCUCUCCCCCGUACAAAUGAGAAAUUUGCCGCACUUCUAAGUCAAUCGUGCCACUCAAAAGUCGUGUCAGAAUCGGCCUCACUUGGCACAGUGUAGGCCUGGCCCGAGGAACAUUUGAGUAAAUGUUCUGCCUAGAGACAAAUGAUGUGGCCAGUCUUUUUAAGUUCCGGCCCCCUGCAGGAUCUCAUAUCCUUUUUCUCACCACUGAAAAAGUGAAGCACACAGGCCUUAUGUUCCUGUAACUGUCUUUUGUGAGGUUUUGUUUAUGGAAGUUUUUUCACAACCGAGUGCAACUUUAUCUCCACAUCAGCUGUUAUCUUCUCAGUCUGAGAUUUUUUUUUCCUACUUCCUUCUUCUGUUUCAUCCUUUGUCGUCUCUCAGAGAAACCGCCUCGCAUGCCUUUAAAAUCUUGAAUUCUGAUCGAGCCUGCAUGUCAAGCUCGAGCCUGUCAGACCAAAUAUUCUCUACUGUACUGAAGACAAGCCAAAAGUGGAAAACAAAACUCCUUAUCAACAUCCAUAUAUGUGAAUGAUUAACUGUUCUGUAACACACAGUUAAUCAUUGACCUGGUUGGAGAAAAAGCAGUGCCACAAUAAAUGUAACAUAGAUGAGUUUAUGAAAUCAACGACAAACGUCCUUAAACUACUGUCAGUCAUUCAGAUUCUGUGUGUCGUGAACAUUAGGUUUAUAUACAUGUAUGUGUUUGUAAAAUGAACUGUAUACUCUUAAUUAUUUUUUAUCGUGUUUUUUAGCACUAGCACCUUGUACAAACUGUGAAUUGUGAUUGUAUGGUAAUAAAACAAAGUCUAAAUAAAAAAAACAUAAAACAA